CGUGCUUAGUCUGAGUCAGUGUGUGUGUGGGUUUGGUUGGAGGGGUGCAGGUCCCCUCCCGUUUCUCCUCUUGCUUUCUGUGAAGAUAGCAGGUGGAAGCCCUUGACACAGAGUGGAAGUUUCUGGAACAGUCCUGCGGCAGUGAGUGAUCCACAUCUUUGGAAUCAUGGGAGUGGCCCAUGGAAAGAAAGCAGGUCAUAAUCAACAAAAUCAUACUUCCAGCUGUGCACAACCACUUAUUGGACCUGAUUUAGUCUCUGAUAUUAGAUCCAUAGACCCUGAUCAGAAAUGGGACAGAGAAGAGGAUUUUGACCAGAGCAAGUUGCUUCCUGAGAAAACGGACAGUGGUUACUAUGAAGAGCUCAUCAGGCCGAAAAAACUCCACAAUCCCAUUAAAGUGUCCAAGAGCCACCGAGCACUCCAACGAGAGCUGAUUAUUACACACAAAAGAGGAGGAGUGGUGGAGGAGAAACCAGAGUUACAGAGGGUUCUGGAACAGAGGAACAGAGCUCAUGCUCUGAAACAAGACAGACAAGUCGAAGAGCAGAAAUCUCCUCUGGAGCAGGAGUUACUGAAGAGGCAGAUGAGGCUUGAGAAGUUUGAAAGAGAGGCAGAGGAGCAGAGGGAAAGAUCAAUGGGCGCGCCUGAGUUCAUAAGGGUCAAAGAGAGUCUGAAGAGAACAGCAGUUAUAAACGCUGUGGAGAAAGAGCUGUAACUGCACCUUAUUUUAUUUACUUAAAACAAAGAUCUAUAUGAGUAUAUGAACUCCUGCAGCUGCUGAUCUGAGAACAGGAUAUUGAAUAUGAAAGUUUGUUUGAAUCAAUGAAUAUGAAAAAUGAAUGAUGAUGAUGAUGCAAUUUUCUAAAGGCUAAGGUCAAGUAUUUUGAAUGUGGGCUAUGGUACGUCAGUAUUAAGAUACUGUGUUAAGCACUUGUAAUGAUAUAAUAAGACUUCCUGUACUGCAACUUAUGUUUUGAUUAAGAUUUUGUAAUCUUAAUCAAAGACACACACAGGAACAGAGUAACUCCAAAUAUAGUAGCACUUUAUAUAGUUUUUGAGUCUAAAUGUAGAUUUAUUGGAUGAAAUAUUAAAAAAAUAUAUGCCAUUCACUUCAUCAAAUUCCUAACAAAGGUUUGAGAAAAACACGUUCACAUAAUUCCACCAAUCACAAUGCUAUAUGUCUGUAAACUGUAAAUAAUCACACCCAAUCCAGGAAAUGUGACCUUAAGUUGAGGUUUAUGCUUGAACCCGAUCCAAUCCACUUUUUCCUUCACUCAUCUUAUGGUGUAUAAACAUGUUUUUUAAUCACAGGGUAUGUUCGAAAGCUACUCAUAUUAUUUGCACAGUAUGCAGUAAGUAUACAUGUUUUCGGUUUGCACGGAAUGCAAUUUUCAACAUCUUUUUUUAGACUCAUUAUUAGGUUGGACUGCUAAAUGUUGACACAAAUUUGGAUUAAAAAUGAUUUUACUAAAUUAUGUGAUUAUUAAAAAAAAAAAAAAAAACGCUCACUGAAUUAAAAAUGCAGAGUAUUAAGUUUAUGCUGCAUACUUCUUUUUUUAAAUGUUUAUUGUUACAUAAUGCAUAGUGUUUCACAUACUAUUUUUAAAUGUCAGUAUACAGUAUGCAGUACAUCAUUCUACGCAAUCAUUUCAAAAUAGUUCUAAUACAAGUGAGCAAUUGUUAGUUUGAAUUAUACUUCUUGUUUAUGUGACCUUUAACAUAGCUUCUUUAUAUCUUCCCACUCAUAUGAUUCUGACAUCACGAAUCGCAUGAUUUGGACCUCAGAAGUAUUGUUUAGACUAACAACACCAAACUAGUUUGUGUAAAUAUGUUUUAUACAUUUUGUAAUAGUUUUAAAUAAAGGGAUUUUGAGAUAUGCAAAACAAUUAAGAAAGUGUUUAUGUGUGGGCGUGUUUGAGCAAUCUCUAAAUUACCAACCACAGUCUGCCUUUGCAUAGCACUUCGAUGUGAACUUUAUUUGCACUGUACACAAAGAUAUCACUGAACACACAAUGCAUAGACAAGGAGUGUUUAUUUAUAACGUGCUACUUCUUGUAUAUCUUUAUGGGUACAAAUCAUUGGCUCUUUGCAACUCCGUCGAUAAGACAUGAUGCAUUGCAUCCAUACGUUUGUAGCUUUUACAAAAAAGAUAUACAAUAUAUGUAUACAUCAUUUUCAUGUAUUAUACACAUACUGUAUUUGUGUCCCCCCUCCCUUCUGAAAUGGAGAAGUGUGCGUACUUCAUUGUGAAACCAAAUGAAAUGUCAUAUUCGCACUGGUGAGGAAUUAAUGAUGAAAAACGUAAUAAUAAUUAUCAAAGCCAACAAAAUUCUAUUUAGUUUGCAUAAUUAAACUUUCAACUGAUUGUUGAACUGCUCAAUUGACUGUUCUAUUUUUAAAUUACUGAAUUCAUUAUUUCACUUGAAGUGGAAGCAGUGCUAAAUUAAAUAUUGAAAUAUAUACAGUAUAUAUAUAUAUAUAUAUAUAUAUAUAUAUAUAUACACAGUGUUGGGUGUAUCCGGUUAUAAAGUAAUUAAUUACUGUAAUUGAAUUACUUUUAAGUAAAAAGUUAGUGUAAUGCAUUACAUUUUAAAUUAUUGUAAUCAGAUUACAGUUACUGUCUUUAAAUAGAAUUAAUUUUGAGUACAUUACUUACCCUCAAGGAGUAUGUGUAAUACAUUUAAAAUAUUAAUUCACAUGUAUAUCUGUUAGCGUUUCUGUGACAGCUGAAGGGUGUGUGACAAUGAAUAAGGAAAUACAGAAUUUGAGUGGAAAACCAAAAACUUUUCUAGGAAAAGUGAUUUAGAAAGUAACUUAAAAGUAAAAUAAUUAGUAAUGUGAUUACUUUUAGAUGAAGUAAUCAGUAAAGUAAUCUGAUUACAUUUUUUUUUUUAGAUAAAUCAUCAGUAAUUUGUAAUGGAUUACUUAUUUUGAGUAAUUUACCCAACACUGUUCAUAAACAUUUUAAUAACAAUGACACAUUUCCAACAAAUUAGUUGAACAAAUACAUAAUACAGUUAAAGGUGCACUCAGUCAUUUUUUCUUCAUUAAAAAAGUUUAACUCCUAAAGACAUGAAUUGUCAUUUUGCAAUAUAUGAAGGAAAUCAUGACCACUCACAUUAAAAUGAAGACUCCAUUCAUAUCAGUAACCUUUUAAAAGCAGAUUCUACAUGGAGAGGGUCUGCACAUGUGGGCUGCCAUGUUAGAAUCACAUGACCAGCCGAAUACUAAUCACUUAAUCUCAGUAACCGUCCUGUUAUUUGACACUUUCACUCACUGAUUAAAGUAAUCAUGGCUGACCGUGAAUAAUACAUUUCUACAAUGGAAUCUGAAACUGAAAACUAUUGAUUUGAAAUGAUUUUGCAUCCAAGCCGCUAGGUGUCAGUGUCAAUCUAAGAUGACACAAAGACAAAAGUUACUGAGUGCACCUUUAAAUUAGAAGGAUGGAGUUUCGACUUAUCGUAAAACUGUAAUAAAACAAGUUUAAGUGGGGAAAAUUUUAGGGGUGGAAUAGCAAAAUGUUCAUAAUUCUUAGAAUUGAUGGGUUCAAGUAAGUCAUGUGCUCUCAUUGGCACACAUAUGAUAUACUGAUGAACAAGGUGACAAAUGAUCUUGCAUUGUUCCAGUUUUGAGGGUAAGGCCAGCACUUAGUCCUUACGAUAAUCUAAAUUUAAUUUUUUGUUUUAAAAUAUAACAUUUAUAUUUCACAAAGAAAAAAAACGAAAGAAGAUACAGAUUCAGUCAAGUGCCAAAGUAUAUGCAUUGACAUACGACAGCAAUAGUUUCUGUCUUUCUGUCUGCAAUUAGCAUAGUGGUAAUGAUAUUAAUAAGUAUAUCUAUGUUUUAUAUUUUGAUCAUCGCUCUUGUAAACAUAUUUACGAGGUCAUGCAAACAUUAGACAUCUUCUGCACAAGAGAAAAGUACAGAUUAUGGUCGAACCAAAUAUAAGAACUGUAACCAAUCAACCAAUCAGCUCACACAACAUGCACCCAAUCACAAAAUAUUUCAACCACCCCCCACCCCCUCUGGGAAAAACUGAUAUUAAUUUAUGCCUUCGGUGUGAACAGCAUCAUGUUGCUGCCUACCUUCUGGAGCAAAUUAAAAUGUAGGCUGCUAGGUUUUGUAAAAGAGCUACAGUCUCUUCCCUACUCCCAGUAGGGUUGCUUUUGCCCCACAAAGUCUAAUACUAAACUGAAAUAAAAUCUUUAUUAAAAAUGGAGAUUAUCCAGGUUUAGGAUUGCAUUUAAUCUGGGUGUAAAAAUUUACCUGGACUGUGGUUCAAAACUCUUAACCCAGUGGCUGAUUAACCCCUGUUCUGUCCAGAUGUUCAUGUCAUUUACAGGUUUACUCACACAACAAGAUUAUAGGAUCUCUGUUUGAGCAAUAAUAACAAUAUACUGCUCUGACUCCAACACACUCAUUCCCAGAACUCUGCCCCCACUAAUUUGCACUACAGAAAGCCAGUCUGAACCAGAGCACAAAAUCAAGGAUACAGACAACUAUAUCUAACAAACCUUACAAAACAAAAAACACAAUGAAUUAAGGCGAGAAAAUAUCAUCAAUCAGUUGCCAUGAAUUUUGCUUGAAAGACUGAACAAGUCUUCAUGCAAGUGGCGCUUAUUCAUAUUAAAACAUUAAUAAUAAGACAUUUUUGUAUAUAACUAGUUUGCUAUGGGGGACAGACCUGAAUGUCAAUAACUCUUAAAAUAAUAAUAAUAAUAAUAAUAAUAAUAAUAAUAAUAAUGAAAAUAAAUAUUCAACUUAAAUAAACAGUUUUAACUGUCUUUGGUUGGGGUACAGAAAUAUUAUUCAGACAAAAUAAAUUAUGGUUGAAAUAGGCCACGUACACAUUGCAGCUAAAUUCUGUUGUCACUCACUCUUCUUCUGAGUGCUUAAAAUAAUAUUCUGGGUUCAAUACAAGUUAAGAGUAAUCAGCAGCAUUCUUAAAAAAAAAGCAAAAAUGUAACUUACAGUGAGGCCAUUUUUUUGAGGGUUUAAAGGCAGAAAUGUGAACCUUAUAAUUUAAUAAAAGCACUAACUUUAUAACACAUGUAUUAUCUGAGCUGUAAAGUUGUCGUUUUAGAGUUUUAGGGUUUGUUGACAUUACAUCGUCAAUGGCACCGAAGUUGUAAAUUGGUUUUAACCUUUCACAGAAAAAUUUAGUAAGCGAUUUUAUCACACUAAAAUCAUGUUAUCAUGCAUAUUUUUUAUAUCUUGUGGCUAAACUUUUAAAACAGUGAGUAUUUUAAUGUUAAUGGAUUGGCCCCAUUCACUUCCAUUGUAUAUGCAUCACUGUAACCCAGAUUUGUGCUUUUUUUUUUUUUUUUAAGAAAAUUAUUUUUUGUGGUAAUCAAUAUUAUCCCACAAAUGCUGUCGAUUCAGCUUAACUUGUACUGAAUCCGGAAUAUUCCUUUAAAUUCCAUAUUGUACACACAGAUUUUGAUAUGUUUUUCUGGAAUUACAACUACAUACAACCAUGUUCCCUCCCAAAAUAUUCUGGUAGUGACAACCACUUUUUCAAUAAAUCUGCGUAGAGUUUACAGAAC